CGCGCACGCACGCGUCUUGCAUGCGACUCCUGCUUUCGCAGAAAGAUCAAAUGUUAUCGGGACAGGAUUCCGUGCGAAUGGUGCAUGCAGCAGGGCCUGCAAUGUACCUUCGAUCGCAACCACCGUUUCAACCAGCCUUCCUCAACGGACGAUCACGAAUUGUUGUUUCCAAUGGGAGAACAGCAGCAAGCAUCAGAGGGACCGGCGAAUGGAUCCACAGCUCAGGUCAAGUCACCUUCUGACUCGAAUACCCAACGAGGAUCGUCCCAUCGCUCACCUGUCGCUAUUGAUCACAUCAUGGGACAUGUUCCGACGCAUCUUCGUGCUUCUAAUGGACUGCCCUUCUUCACCACCGAGAGUCGGCAGUGGAUGGAAUCGCGCACCGGUCAGACCAUUGAUUUCGAUCGCCUGUCUUUAAACAGUCCGCGAAGACAAAGCCAAUCUGUGGGCGGCUUGGCGACUACAAGGGAGUACUUCCAGACCCAUGAUCAUCCUGACCUACCGGAUAGGAGCAAGGUACUGUUGGUAUUCCAGUCCUUCAGACGUUUCUGGGUGCAUCGCUUUUUCCCUCUGCUCCACCCAGACCUAUUUCAUUAUACCAUGGAGGCAGCAUACGAGAAUAAAGCAUCGGAUGCUUCACCUGAUCCUUCCACGGCUAGAGCCUGUAUUUUUGCUUUCAUGGCAUUCAUGAAUUCUUGGCCCUUCGGUCAAGCCCUGCCUGAUGAUAACAAUAUUCAAGAGUAUGGUUACCAAGCGCAGUAUCUUCUGUCAGAGACUUUAGAUGGAGCGGCCACAAUAGAUGGGAUCCAAGCAUUGCUGAUGCUCUCUCUUUUUCGACUGCUCCGUUUCAGUGCCCCCAACUCAGUCGACUUGGUCUUCCAGGCCUCGGUCCGCCACAUUUUCACCCUUGGGGGCCAUCUACAUCGGCAUGUCCAGAAAUCACCCACCGUCUUCAACUUACACUGUCGAUUCCUGUUCUGGUUAGCCUACCUCUGCGACAGGGAACUCUCUCUCAGGACCGGCCGCCCCCCAGCAAUUUGCGACGAUCACUGUGACCUCACUCUCCCAGAUGAAGACGAACUCGCCAUGGAAUUUGGCUACCACGACCAUCAAACCCCAGCGAAUCUUAAUCUUGCAUUUUUCUUCCCCACAGACAUCAGGCUCAGCCUUGUUCAAUCCAAGAUAACUAGGAAGCUGUACUCUCCUCAAGCCGCACUAGCCUCUGAUGCGGAGUUGUUGAAGACCGUUCGAGAGCUGGAUGAUGGAUUGAAUGAGUGGUAUCGAAGCCUGCAGUUGCCGAACAAUGACCAGGGAGUGGUAUUCACCCAGGAAGAGAUUUACCUGCGCUCGUGCUUGCUACAAUUACAACACCAAUACUGCAUUGCUGCCAUUCAUCAGAUGAGUACGGGAUGCGCGGCAUGGAUAGCCGAUCCCAGCAGCCGAGCCUUGGGCAUCACUUUGAGCUUAGAGGUUGCGGCCAACGCGAGUCGCGCACUUCUGCGACAGUUCCUUGUCAUGCAAGAUGCAUUGGCACAGGAGGUGUUUUGGUUUGAGAUCUACUAUGUUCUUUCAGGGGUCAUGAACCUCUUUUGCAAAGUGCUGAACGAUCCCGGUGACUCGCAGACGCUGGACGACGUUCACUUGCUCGACACAAUUGCGGCACGUUUUUCUCGGGCGGCAGGGUCACACACUUACUUUGGCUAUUGUGUUGAUGUCCACUUGAUGCGAGACUUCGUGGCGGAGCUAUGUCGUCUUGCACGAUGCGCUAUUUCGAGAAGAAGACAAUAAGUCGGUCUGGGAGGGACAGCAAU